AGGAAGAAAAAAAAAGCUGAAGUGAAGAUGGCGAGAGGGUCCCGGUGUUUGCGGAGAGCGGUAGCGGAGUGUAUUAAACAGUUACCGUUCACAGCUACUCGAGAAACACCGGGCAGGAACGGAGUCAGAUAUCUGUCAUCGUGUGGUAUUCUGAUGACCAGGGUGCCUCCUCUCUUGCGGACCGUGUCUUGCCGUUCUGCGUUCAAUCCAACCAGAAGCUUUUUCAAUCUCACCGAUUCCUUUAACAAGAGGAAAGAGUACUCUGAGAGGCGCAUCAUCGGGUAUUCCAUGCAGGAGAUGUAUGAAGUGGUGUCCAAGGUGGAAGACUAUCUUCACUUUGUGCCGUGGUGCAAGCGCUCAGAUGUAGUGUUCCGGCGUUCUGGUUUCUGUAAGGCCAAGCUAACAGUCGGCUUUUCUCCUGUGGUGGAGAAUUACACAUCACUCGUUACAACAGUGCGCCCCCAUUUGGUCAAGGCUUCAUGUUCAGAUGGUAAACUGUUUAAUCACCUGGAGACGGUGUGGCGCUUCAGUCCCGGCCUACCCGGUUACCCUCGUACAUGCACCUUGGACUUUGCUGUUUCCUUUGAGUUCCGCUCCCUCCUGCAUUCUCAGUUGGCCACAAUGUUCUUCGAUGAAGUAGUUAAGCAGAUGGUGUCAGCAUUCGAACGCCGGGCCUGCAAACUGUACGGCCCGGAGACACAGAUCCCACGCGAGCUGAUGUUCCAUGAGGUCCACCACACGUAGCGCCUCACCACACAGAGAGCCUUCCAGGGGGAGGAUGGGGUGGGUUUGGCGGGUGGGCAUUAAGGGGAUUCUGGCAAUGGGUGCUUUUGGAGAAGGGAAGGUAACAGACACAAUUUCAUGUGCCUCAGUAUCUGCAGUGCCUGGUCCAAACAAAACCAUUUGAUUUUUACAUUUUUAUCCUAAGUUAUUUUUGAAGCUGGAUCUAAUUUGGGGCUUUAGCAUUGUUGGGUCGAGUUAGGUGAUUUAACUACAUCACUCCAUCUCUAAUGAUAUUUUUGAACUGCACUUUGAGCCAUACUGUUUAAUGGCAGCUGGAUUAUGUGGAAGGUCUGUCAAGAUCUCACUGAAACAGAUGUUGGGUUUGUGAAUGGUGCAGAGGGGAUGAAGACGGUUAUUUGUGGGAUUGGGAUUUCAGUAGAGUUGAACCAGGCUUGUUCUACACCAGAGUCCAAGUUACUUUGAUUCUAACUCAAGCUAUUGGUAUGUGCGUUUUUUUUUGUUUGUUUGUUUUUGUUUUUAAAUAAACACACAAAAACUAUUUCAGAACUAGACCUGUCCCGUACGGGUGGUGUGCCGUGUGCAUCACCCAUAUUCAGCACCAGUAUUUUUCCAUAAACUUACAAAGGAGACUUAAUAUGAGUGCCCUGUAUAUAAAGGGUCCACUGUACACAUGCUUUGAAUGGUAUGCAAGACUGACAGGUAGCAAUCCUUCCACACCAGCUCCAGUAGGGCUUUCCAUGACUCAAGUGCUGUGAUAAACCAAAUGUAUUACAAACACUUCACUUGCACGGCGUUGACUUUUCACACUGUGCAGUGUCGUGACGUUUGCCAAGUCUGGAGUAGGGAGGUAAAGUUGGCACAUGCAUAGUGAGUUUUAACUGCUGAAUGUUUAUUGAUGGGAGCACAAUAUGUAACAUCGUAUGGUGUGUUUCUAUAAGUGUCUAAAUCAAGGGACAAAUGUUUUAUUGUGAAAGUGUGCAAUAUAUUUGUAAAGUUUGAUUUUUAACAGAUAGAUAGAUCCUUGCACCUUUACUAAAGGGGCCCAAACUCAGGGGGGCACUUGAUGGCUCUCAUGAGAUUGCUGUAAAGUGAGGUAUCUGCAAGGUUAGACCUUAAAGAUUCCGACCAACCUGCAUGCCCUUACUGCUUUCAAACCUAGCACAUCACAUAUUAUUUAUCAUUGUCUUCAAACAUAUAUUCAUAGACAUCAUAUAUUUAUUUUGGUUAUGGGAAAACCACAUGUAUAUAACUAAUGUAUGACCACAGACUAGACUUCAGUGUAUAAUAGAUUUUUUUCCUUCUUUUUGUUUCUUGUAGUAAGGCUUUAUUUUAGUAGUUUUGAUUGGGGUGUGUAAGUGUCAUGGCGAAUAUGUAUCCUGCCUGCAUGGUUUAUAAACUAUUUUUAUAUUUAAAAAUCA